AUGCCUACAAAUUGGUGGCGAGUUCAGUCAUUGACAAAUGCGGCCUCUGAUCGCGAAGUAUUGCAAAGAACAAGCAAGCUUCUCCUCCAAAUGCACCAAUACUUCCUUCUUGUCGCUCUCCACCAACCUUAUAUCGUGCCACUCGCAAGUACGGGAUAUGACAGUAUAGAUCACACAUAUAGCCAGCUCGCAGCUACAGCUGCUUGCCGCGAAAUGUUGCUUCGUUUCAUCAUUGUCCGUGAUUACCAUCGGUCCCCGUCUUACCAAGCUCUCGAGGGAAAGGCUUUCACGGCGGCCAUUACUCUCCUGUUUGUCCACUUCAACGGCCAUAAGCUGGGACACGCGAAUUUCCUGGCGCAUCAAAGACCGCAAGAUCUGGACCUUGUUGAACAGACUGUUGAUUUGUUGGAUAGCCUGGCCACCUCCAAGCGGAAUUUGAACUGUGCGUCCCAGUCACAGACGCUGAAGCAAUUCAUGAAGAUCGACCAAGAAGCAGCCGAUGGAUCUCUGUUCAUUACCUGGAACGAGCAGCAAAUCACUGGGAAGACCAAGGAAGACAUGAAUCCCCAGAAUUGUCUUCGCCUUCCAAUCCCAUAUUUCGGAAUUGUCUCGAUAUCCCCAUUCGAAUCUCCAGAGAAUGUGCCACGGAGCGAAACUCCACGGCUAGGACUCAGAGCAUCACAAGAAAUUUCAAUUCUACAAAAGACUGGCGCAGGAAGCACACUCUCUAAUAUGGACGAUACCAUGGCUUGGUUCAAUAAGUGGGUCAACGAUGAUUAUAUUCCUGAAAGCUCAUGA